CGAUGCCCUGCAAUUCCCACAUAAUCUCGCCCUCUGCGCCUCCUAGACAUUCCUCUUCUUCACUCACCAACCGCUGUAUCACUCGAUUUUGCGAAGAAAGCGAAAACAAACCGUCCAUUCUUUGUCGUUUGUGCCUGCGCGCCGAGGUGCCGAGAUAACGUUUCGAGUCAAUCUGCUGCCAUACCAUGGCGUCUCUGGCGAUGACCGUGGUGGACGAGGCAGUGAAGAAGCUGCCUCUUCACCAAGCUAUAUCGGGGAUCUUUGGGAGCAUCAGCAUGGCGGCAUGGAUAUGCGUCAUUCUGCCUCAGAUGAUUGUCAACUACCGAGCAAAGAGCGCCGACGGGCUGAGCAUAACGUUCCUGGCCGUGUGGAUGCUUGGCGAUGCUACAAACUUGAUAGGCGGACUCUUGACAAACCUGGCGCCAACAGCAGUGGCAUUGGCCAUGUACUUUUGCGUCGCCGACUUCCUCCUCAUCUCGCAGUGCUUAUACUACAACACGGUCAAUGCUCGCCGAGCUGCCCUGGCGGCGGAAGAGAACGAAGAAGCGCCCCUCCUUGGUGAGCGACACGCCGCGGCGCAUCGCCACUCGGUAUCGAGCGAGGAUGGCGGCAAGAUUGGGCCUGCCGGUGACGAGCUGCUGGAGCGCUCCUCGUGGAUGUCCAACACGGCCAGCCUGAUUGGCGUGUACGUUGCUGGCUUCAUUGGGUGGUAUCUCUCUUACAAGGCCGGCGCAUACAAGGAGGCGGAUCCGGUUGUUUUCAACGCCGCGAUCCAGGCAUCGCCGGACCUGCUGGAGAAGAUUGGUAUUGUUUUGGGAUACUUUAGCGCAGUCUGCUACCUCUGUGCCCGAGUUCCUCAGAUUAUCAAAAACUACCGAGAAAAGUCAUGCGAAGGCCUCUCCAUCCUAUUCUUCAUGCUCUCCCUUACUGGAAACCUGACCUACGCAGUCAGCAUCGUGGCUUACUCCCAAGAGAGAAAAUACAUCAUCAACACGAUUCCCUGGCUCAUUGGAUCGCUGGGCACCGUGGUCGAAGAUGGCACUAUUUUCGUGCAGUUUAGGCUAUACGCCAACAACAGGCGAAGCACCCAAGCAUAGACUCAGAAUUCCCGGGUGGCUGGGAGUUGGACUUUGGACUUUGGACUUGAGCGAACAUGGAGACGAUUCGUUUGCUCGGAUUUUUGGCAUACUUUGGCAUCUGCUUGUUUGGGUUGUACGGGUUGAGGCGUCGCGGUGUAUUCACUUGGGCGUUCUGGGACGUUUAAAUGGACAGAUUCUGCAUGAAUUGUGUCCACAUUUGUUUGGAUUUAGGGAGCAUUCGCAUUUGGUGCGAAGAGAGACUUUCUCACCGCGGGGUAGUCUCUUUUGGAUAGAUUCUUCUCCAGAGAGCAAUCGUAUUGGUUUCUUUUACCCUAUACCAGCUUGAAUACAGUCAUUUAUAUACUACUCUUGAAGUAGGUUAAUAGCCACAUAUGCAGUAUCCA